GGAACCAACAACCACCGACCUCAACCCCUUCGGAUCUUCGACGCGUGAAGGCGCGAAUAACAGACAGCAUGGCUCGCGCAGCAAUCAUCCCACAGUCCCCGCCCAAGCGGGCAACGCGCACCCGCACCAAGGGAACGACAACCACGACCGCGACGACGACGACGGCCAGCAGCAGAACCGCGCCGAAGACCACCAAGGCCAAAGCACCUAGCUCCGCCACGGAAGCCCGGAAGCGAGGCGUCCGGACCGCGUCAGUCACAACGACGACCACCGCCACCGCCAAGCGACCCGUCAAGGAGGAGGAUUCGGACGCGACGACGGACGAUGAGAUCGAUAUGUUUGCCGGGAGUCGUAGGAGGAAUGGAACGGCCACGUCGAAGCCUAAAGGGAGGCCGCCCGCAGCGAAGGCGGGGGCCAGUGCCGUAGCUCCGCGCACGCGAAAGACCCCGGUGGUUGCGACGCCGGCGGCGGCGGAAUCGGACAGUGACAACGACGACGAGCUGGCUCAGUCGGAAACGGUACCGAAGAAGCGCGCUGGGAGACCGAAGGCGAAGCCCGCCACCGCCGCUGCCGACGCCAAGGAGGCGGACAAGGCUGCUGCUGCUGCUGCGCCCAAGACCCGAGGUCGACCGAAGGGGACUGCGGCUGCGAAGCUGAAGGUGGUCGACGAAUUGAAGGAAAAUACGCGAUUGAACGCCAAAGGGUUCACGGAUAUCGACUUCUCCUCGUCGCAAGAGGCCCCGAGGCAACUGUACAUCACCACCCACUCUUCCUCCGUGAGGUCGAACAUGCUGCGCGGACCGGCCAAGAAGAAGAAAGUCACGUUCCAGGAUCCCACGGAUACGGAUGCGGAUGAAUUGAACGAGCCGUCUCCUCCGCCGGCUGGCAGGAGAAGGGGCGCCGCCGCCGUCUCAGGGCGCCAGGGAGGUCUUGCGUCCAAGCCGGUGCGGAAACCCGCGGCCACCUCCGGUAGGGGCCGCAAGCCUGCGGCAGCGAAGAAGGACGACUCGUCAAAGCCGCUGUCGCCGAAGAAGGCGACGCAGGUCGCCAAGGGGCUUUCUUCCUACGCCAGCUCGGAUGGCGAAGACGACGAGUUGAGUGCGGACAAAGAACAGAUGAAAGCAAUCCUUCAAUCGCCUCCCAAACACGGAUCAGAAAAUACCGGACCCAGCUCCCCAGUCAAGAAGAUCAAUCUUACUGGACGACACUUCCGCAAGUCCCUCGAUGAAAAUGGCGACCCAUUGCCCGGCCCUCGACGUUCGGUCGACUUCAACGAUAAUAACCUUCUCCUGUCGAGCCCCGCCCGCCGACCGCCCCCUUCGCCAUUCAAUUUCACAAUGAGAGAAACACCCAGACGAGGUGGUGGUCUGACUCUCCGCAGUGACAUUAAGCCCUUGUCGCAACCCACGUUGUCGCCCACCCUCAACUCUCCGCUCAGGCUGUCUCCGAAGAAAGCCUCCCUGGAAACCCCUCGACGCGGCAAUCUUUUUGGCACCAGUACCGGAUCGGUGUCUCAACCAAACUUCACACCGGGACUCAACUCACCCCUGAAAUCGUCGCCCAGAAAAGGUCUGUUUGGCGCGUCCUUCAUGUCUCAAUCUCAACCAGAGCCUUCCGCCACUCCCUUGAGACAUAGCACGUCCCUCCUUCAAAGUCCCGCGAAGAAGGUCGCCACUCCGUUCAAAGCUUCUUUGUCCGUCAUGAAGAGCCCAGUACCUGAAGAGUCCGAGCACGAGAAUGACAACGAAGAAGAACCGGGAGACAACGAUACUUUUGAUGAUUCUCACCUUGAGGAAUCCCCUCUCCGACUCAUGAAAACCACCAGGGUAGAGACUCAGGCCGAUGAGGAGGAUGAAACGACUCAGGAUGUGGCGUCUGAGGAGAAUGACGACAUCGACCCUGUCAGCACAACUCCGCCUCAUUCGCCUUCGCUAGCACGCCACUAUGAGAACAGUGCGGUGAAUGGAGAUACCACAGAACACGAUUCUGGGGAGUCUGUCGAGUACGUCGAGGAUGAUGCUAGCACAGUUGCUGAAGACGUCGCCGAAGUCGUCGAAGAAAACGUCGAGGAUGGUGAUCAAACUGAGGAUCAGGCCAUGGAAGAAGAUGCUGGAAGCAUGGCAGAGGAAUCUGACAUUGACGAUAUGGAAGAGGUCGAUCCUGCCCCUGAGCAUGCGGAUGUGCCUAUGGAAGAGACUGGCGAGGAAGUGACUCAGGAUGCAGCUGAAGAGUCCGAAGAGAACCCAAAUGCGGAGCCCAUUGAGGAUGUCGACGAUGAGAAUGUUGAGGAGUCGAACGAGGACUCCCUAGGAGAGCCUGUUGUUGAGGCUAUCCCCGAGUCUCAACAUCAAGCUGACAAGGAAAGGGAUGAUCUGCAGGUUGCUGUGGAGUCUGAGGACGGUGCAAAAGAGCAUAAAGAUGGUCCCGUUAUUCGCGAAAUUUCAGUGGACGCAACACUGGACGAUGCUUCUGAUGGGGACAAUCAGGAACAGGAUGAUGACCGUGUCAAUCUGGACCAAGAUAUGCCCGAGACAGUAUCUGAUGCUGAAAACAGCCAUCAGAAUGCAAUUGGCCAGGAACGCGCGGCAACACCCAAUUCAGUUUUAGAAGAGGUCGACCACUCGAUUGCGGAGGAACAACACACGCCCAUCCCCAACAUCCGAAACGGCGUAGCCAAGGACCUUGACGAUGUCUUUGUCGAUGAACCCACACUACCUGAACAGGCGAAUCAGCGUCUUGACUCUUCGGAUACGGAGGACGACCCUGACAUGAUGGAGACCGAUGAUGACGUUGACGCUGCGGAGGACGAUUUAUCCCGUGAUCAGCAAGAAGACAUCAUUGACGAUUGCGUCUUCGAAGAAAAUGAGCCCACCAUUGUUGUUGCUGAACCAACAGAGAUCAUUCCGCGCAGCCGUGUCCCCAUCUUGCCAUACGAGGUUGAAGAGCCAGAAAAUCCUUGGAGUCCAAUUCGUGAAGCCUACUACAGAGCAAUGAAGAACAUCUCACCAGUCCGCGUUUUACCAGACAGCCCUGUACGGCGGAAUAUGAGCUUCGAGUCUACCGCUGACAGCCCAAGCCCGAUUCGACAGGGCUUCACGGUAGACACCAGUGGCAAUCAAGACCCCUUCGUCGACUCCAAUUCCGGCACACCACUUCUCAGACGGUCUAUAAAGCGUUCGAUCUUUGACAACGCUCCGCGUUUCACACCUCUGGCGCAGCAAUUCAGCCAAUGGGAGGCCAGCAGCCCCGCGCGAUUCCAGCCUCGGCGUUCGCAACGCCCACGCAAAGGUAUAUUCUCUCUGGGUGGCAGCCGCAGGUCAUCCAGCAACGUAUUGCCCACCCCGGUAGAGGUCACAUAUCCUCAAAUCGACAGCCAAGCGGAAGAGGCUUCGGAGGAGCCUGCGCAGUCGGAAGCGGCUGAUGCCGAUGCUGAAAUUUCUGAGGACGAGGGUCCUCAGAUUGACAAGGUUGUUGGCCAAAGCGUGCAUUCGGAGGAGAUUGACGCAAAUGAGACUACGGAGGUUGAGCCAGAAGCUGCUGACGAGAACGUCGAUCCUCAAAAUGACGAAGAUUACAGCCACGACUUACAGGCAGAAGAGACUGAGGCUGCUGAGGCUGUAGAGUCUACAGAAACUGCCGAGCACGACUCACGGGCAGAAGAGGCUGGGGCUGCUGACGAGAACGUCGAUCCUCAAAAUGACGAAGAUCACAGCCACGACUUACAGGCAGAAGAGACUGAGGCUGCUGAGGCUUUAGAGUCUACAGAUACUGCCGAACAAGUCACAGAGGUUGUUGAGGGUCCCGAGGAUCACGAAGACUUCAGCGAGACCCCUGCCUUAGAAGAGCCUGGCACUACUGAGGAUGCUGAGCUGAUGUCUGAAGAGGACGAGUCGGAGAUCUACGAAGGCCUUAGCCAGAGCUCUCGUCCAUUAGAGACCAACAACACAGAAACUACCGAGCCUGCUGAAUUCACUGAGCAAUCUACAGGAGUUGUCGAUGGUACUCAAAUCUUCGAAGAUUUUAACCAGCGAUCUCAAACGGAAGAGACUAUUGUUGCUCAGACUGAAGAGCCGGUCACUGAGGAAGUUGACGACCCUCAGAUCUAUGAGGACCCAAGUCAGGACUCCCAACUAGAGGCCUAUUCCUCUGAAAAUAUCCAGGAGAGGGAAGACCCUUUGGUUGACAUGCCAAAUGGAACAGAGGCUGAGGCUACUCUUAGCAACUAUACCGAGGAGGCCCCCGGCGAGGAAUUAGUGAUGGAGAUCACCUCUGCGUCGAAGAGCCCGGUUCCUGCAAUUGACGCCUUUGAUGAUAACAAGGAGAAUGAGGUCUUUUCCAACAUUCCUCUUUUCACCCCUGUCAAGAACCGAAUUCCUCAGAUGCAAACAGUACACACUGUUUCCAAGGUGCCUCUCAAACCUGAAGGUCAAAUUUCGCCGCUGAAAAUUUCACGCAAGAGAGGUCUCUCGCUUUCCGGUGCUUCGCCUAUUCGUGCUUCCACCAGAAUCCGCACUUCGACCUUCGCUCCUACCCAGCAAACUGACCCACCGUUGUUGCCUCGGAAAUCACCGAGACUUCAGAGAGUCUCAAUGACCAGGCCAGUCGCCCCGGUGACACAACCCGCCGAGCCUAAGAAUGAGAGAUCGACUCCUGCCAAGCGCCCUCCGCAAUCACCAAGCCCGACCAAGAGUGCAAAGGCGCCGAGAAGGAGCAUGAGCGCACCGGCGCCUAAGCUAGCCUUGCAAGGAGCUGUUGUUUAUGUGGAUGUGCACACCACGGAGGGCGAAGAUGCUAGUGGUAUUUUCAUCGAACUGCUUCAACAAAUGGGAGCCCGAUGCAUCAAGAACUGGUGCUGGAACCCUCGCGCGAGCCUGGCCCCGGAGGAAGGGCUGGAACCCAAGGAGGGUAAGGUGGGCGUCACCCAUGUGGUCUUCAAGGAUGGAAGUGCUCGGACGCUGGAGAAGGUGCGCCACGCGCGGGGCCUGGUCAAGUGUGUUGGUGUCGGUUGGGUUCUCGACUGCGAGCGGGAGAACAAAUGGCUCGACGAAACCUCCUACGCCGUCGACAGCUCCAUCAUCCCCCGCGGCGGCGCCAAACGCCGCAAGAGCAUGGAACCGCGCGCGCUGAGCAACGUCAACGGCACGCUGGUCCGGGCCACCGCAACCGCCCCCGCCCUGGAUCGCCGCCGCUCCGGCGCCAUCAGCCGAGACACCAUGGAGAGCUUCGCCAGGGACCACAGCACGCCGCCUCUCUCUUCCCGGGAGGAGCUGGAGCAGGAGGAGUCAGGCUCUACGGCUACGCCGCCCGAACAGAUCGACUACACGGUGGGCCACACCGAACCCGACCAGCGGUACUGCCACACGCCCCAGACCCCCGGCUCCUCCGCCUACACCUUCGACAUGGACGCCAUCGGCAUGUCCCCCGCCACCCCGUUCUACCUCUCCCAGCGCACGAAGCUCGUCCAGCAGACCUGUCCGCCCAAGCAGACCCGCCAGGGUCUCUUCACCACCCCGGGCCCCGUGCGCGAGCCGAACCAGAAGCUGCGCUCGAAGCUCGAGGCCGCGCGCCGCAAGAGCAUGGCCUACAAACCCCGGGUUGGCAGUCCCCUCGUGGAGUGAUCUUGCGUCCUUUUUCCUUCAUUCUUGUUGUUAUGUUGGGUACGGUCGGUCGUAUUUGGGAGCUGACUUUCGAUUCCUUGUUUGCUAUCAGUUGACUGGGUCUGGUUUCGUUUUUCCUCUCUGGUCUAUCUUGUGUAUAGGGACACCUACAUUACC